AUGUCGGGAUAUCAACAGGGCCAGGGCCAGGCCCAUGGCCAAGGGCAUCACGACUAUGAUGACGGGUACGGCCAGCAGGGCAACACAGACUCUUACUACCAAGACGACCAGCAUUAUUAUGACAACAAUGGGCAGAACAACCGCGGCGCCCAGCAACAGGGGGACGGGUACUAUGACGAGUCUGGCUAUUACAACGCGGACCCCAAUAACCCGUACCACCAGGACGGCGGGUAUUAUGACAAUCACGAUCAGUACCAAGACGACUACUACAACAACGGAAACAACGCCGGUUACUACGACCAAGGCUAUGAUAGAGGCGCUCAUGGCAAUGGCCAGGGUCAGCGGAACGGGUCAGAAGAGGAUUCCGAGACGUUCAGUGAUUUCACCAUGCGCUCGGACAUGGCCCGGGCUGCCGAGAUGGACUAUUAUGGCCGUGGCGAUGAGCGCUACGACGGCUACAACGAUGGCCAAGGUGGUGGCAGAGGGUACCGCCCUCCGUCUUCUCAGAUCUCGUACGGCGGAAAUCGCUCAUCGGGCGCGUCGACUCCGAACUACGGCAUGGACUACGGAAACGUUCUCCCUGCCGGCCAACGCUCGCGAGAGCCCUAUCCUGCCUGGACCUCGGAGGCCCAGAUACCUCUUUCGAAGGAAGAAAUCGAGGACAUCUUCCUUGACCUGACGGCCAAGUUUGGUUUCCAGCGGGACAGCAUGCGCAAUAUGUACGACCACCUUAUGACCCUUCUCGACUCCCGUGCGUCGCGCAUGACGCCAAACCAGGCUCUCCUCUCCCUGCAUGCCGAUUACAUCGGCGGCGACAAUGCAAACUACCGCAAAUGGUACUUUGCUGCCCACUUGGACCUUGACGAUGCGGUCGGCUUUGCCAACAUCAAGGGCAAGGGCGGGAAGCGAAAGAACAAGAAGAAGAACGGCGAAGCCGAGAACGAGGCCGAGGCGCUUGAGGACUUGGAGGGCGACGACUCCCUCGAAGCUGCUGAGUACCGCUGGAAGACUAGGAUGAACCGCAUGUCUCAACACGAUCGCGUCCGCCAAGUUGCUCUUUACCUCCUCUGUUGGGGCGAGGCAAAUCAGGUCCGCUUCAUGCCUGAGUGUCUCUGCUUCAUCUUCAAGUGCGCCGACGACUACCUGAACUCACCAGCCUGCCAGAACAUGGUGGAGCCCGUUGAGGAGUUUACAUUCCUCAACAACGUCAUCACCCCGCUCUACCAAUACUGCCGCGACCAGGGAUACGAAAUCUCUGGCGGAGUUUACGUCCGUCGCGAACGGGAUCACAAUCAGAUUAUCGGUUACGAUGAUUGUAAUCAACUUUUCUGGUACCCUGAGGGCAUCGAGCGCAUCGUGCUUCAGGAUAAGAGCAAGUUGGUCGAUGUCCCGCCUGCAGAGCGCUACCUUAAGCUGAAGGAUGUCGAGUGGAAAAAGGUUUUCUUCAAAACUUACAAGGAAACGCGAUCUUGGUUCCACAUGCUGGUCAACUUUAACCGCAUCUGGAUUCUCCACUUGACCAUGUUCUGGUUUUACACGUCUUUCAACUCCCCGACGCUCAUCACGCCCAAUUACGAGCAGCAGGUCGACAAUCCUCCUCCGCGGGCCGCCCACUGGUCCCUUGUCGGUUUUGGUGGCACCAUUGCCGCUCUCAUUCAGGUUCUGGCAACCCUCGCGGAGUGGAUGUACGUCCCGCGCCGUUGGGCCGGUGCACAGCAUCUCACCAAACGUCUGCUGUUCCUGCUCCUGGUUCUCGCCCUCAAUGUAGGGCCUGGAGUCUACGUCUUCAUGCCAGCGGGCAACCAGGAAGCAUACCUUGAAAAGCAGAAUGGCCAGAUUGCACUUAUUCUCGGCAUCACGCAAUUCUUUAUUGCCCUGAUCACGUUCCUCUUUUUCUCGAUCAUGCCUCUCGGUGGUCUCUUCGGAAGCUACCUGACCAAGAACUCGAGGCGGUAUGUUGCCAGCCAGACGUUUACCGCCAGUUAUCCGCGGCUCCGAGGUAAUGACAUGGCACUUUCGUUCGGCAUGUGGGCCGUCAUCUUCGGUAUCAAGUUUGGAGAGUCCUACUUGUUCUUGGCCCUGUCAAUCCGUGAUCCUAUCCGCUUCCUUAAUAUCAUGGAUGUCAGUAGCUGCAUCGGCGAUACCAUCGUUGAGAGGUAUCUCUGCCAAUAUCAGCCACAGAUCACUAUGGGGCUCAUGAUCUUCACGGAUCUGAUCUUCUUCUUCCUGGACACCUACCUCAUGUACGUUGUUGUCAACGCGUGCAUUUCAGUCGCUCGGUCGUUCUACCUCGGUUCGUCCAUCUUGACUCCAUGGAGGAACGUCUUCUCCCGGUUGCCGAAACGCAUGUACUCCAAGAUCUUGGCCACCACCGACAUGGCAAUCAAGUACAAGCCUAAGGUCCUGAUCUCGCAGAUCUGGAACGCCAUUGUCAUUUCCAUGUACCGGGAGCAUUUGUUGGCCAUUGACCACGUCCAAAAGCUCCUCUACCACCAGGUGCCCUCGGAGCAGGAAGGCAAGCGCACGCUUCGCGCCCCGACAUUCUUCGUCUCGCAGGAGGAUCAUUCUUUCAAGACUGAAUACUUCCCCAGCUACAGUGAGGCCGAACGGAGAAUCUCGUUUUUUGCGCAAUCGCUUUCGACGCCGAUCCCCGAGCCCCUCCCGGUCGAUAACAUGCCGACCUUCACCGUCAUGAUUCCUCAUUACAGCGAGAAGAUUCUUCUAUCACUGAGGGAAAUCAUCCGCGAGGAUGAACCGUACUCGCGCGUCACUCUCCUCGAGUAUCUGAAACAACUCCACCCCCACGAGUGGGAUUGCUUCGUGAAGGACACCAAGAUUCUGGCAGACGAGACAUCGCAAUUCAACGGCGAAGAGGAAAAGGAGGAGAAGGGAACCGCCAAGAGCAAGAUCGAUGAUUUGCCAUUCUACUGCAUCGGUUUUAAGUCCUCAGCUCCUGAGUACACACUUAGGACCCGGAUCUGGGCUUCGCUCCGCUUCCAAACGCUGUACCGCACGAUUUCCGGCUUCAUGAACUACAGCCGCGCCAUCAAACUUCUGUACCGCGUCGAGAACCCCGAGGUCGUUCAGAUGUUUGGCGGUAAUUCCGACAAGCUCGAGCGCGAGCUCGAGCGCAUGGCCCGCCGGAAGUUCAAGCUCGUGGUUUCUAUGCAACGGUACUCGAAGUUCAAGAAGGAGGAGAUGGAGAAUGCCGAGUUUCUGCUCCGUGCCUACCCCGAUCUUCAAAUUGCCUACCUCGACGAGGAGCCGCCACUCAAUGAAGGCGAGGAGCCACGUCUUUACUCUGCCCUCAUCGAUGGACAUUCCGAGCUCAUGGAGAACGGUAUGCGCCGGCCCAAAACCCUCGCCCAGGUCGGUGGCAAGCUUCAUUACGGUCACCCUGAUUUCCUCAACGGCAUUUUCAUGACGACUCGUGGCGGCGUCUCCAAGGCACAGAAGGGUCUCCAUCUCAACGAAGAUAUUUACGCCGGUAUGAACGCUCUUUUGCGUGGUGGUCGCAUCAAGCAUUGCGAAUACUACCAGUGCGGUAAAGGUCGUGAUCUUGGUUUUGGUUCCAUUCUCAAUUUCACGACCAAGAUCGGAACUGGUAUGGGCGAGCAGAUGCUUUCCAGAGAGUACUAUUACUUGGGGACGCAGUUGCCGCUCGAUCGCUUCCUCUCGUUCUACUACGCCCAUCCCGGUUUCCACGUCAACAACAUGUUUAUCAUGCUGUCGGUGCAGUUGUUCAUGGUCUCCAUGCUGCAAAUCGGCGCUCUCCGGAGGGAGACGAUUCCAUGCGAAUACAACCCCGACGUGCCCAUCACGGAUCCUCUAUUCCCCACUGGUUGCGCGAACACCGACGCUCUCAUGGAUUGGGUUUACCGCUGCAUCCUCUCCAUCUUCUUCGUCUACUUCAUCUCGUUCGUCCCUCUUAUCGUGCAGGAACUGUCGGAGCGCGGCCCGCUACGCGCCGCCACCCGUUUCGCCAAGCAUCUCGGUUCCCUUUCGCCCUUCUUUGAGGUCUUCGUCUGUCAGAUCUACGCAACCUCGGUGUCGCAAGAUAUCACUUUCGGAGGUGCCAGGUACAUCGGUACAGGCCGUGGGUUCGCCACAGCCCGCAUUCCUUUUGGGGUGCUGUACUCUCGAUUUGCUGGUCCCUCCAUCUAUUUCGGCGCUCGCACGCUGCUGAUGCUCCUGUUUGCGACAGUGACCAUCUGGCAGGGGGCUCUCGUUUAUUUCUGGGUCUCCUUGGUGGCGCUGGUCGUCUCGCCCUUCCUCUACAACCCCCACCAGUUCUCGUGGACGGACUUCUUCAUCGACUACCGCGACUACCUCCGUUGGUUGUCCCGUGGCAACUCCCGCUCGCACGCGUCAUCGUGGAUCGCCUUCUGCCGUCUGUCCCGCACGAGGAUUACAGGUUACAAGCGCAAAGCUCUGGGAGACCCGUCGAGCAAGGGAUCCUCCGAUGUAUCUCGGGCUGCCAUUACCAACCUGUUUUGGGCCGAGAUCAUGGCUCCCCUUCUGCUUGUCGCAGUGACGCUGAUCCCUUACCUGUUCAUCAACGCUCAGACAGGUGUCCGGAAGUCGGAGACGAAGCCAACCGCUUCGCUCCUCCGGGUAGCCAUCGUCGCUUUCGCCCCCAUCGGUGUCAACGCCGGCGCUCUUGCCUUUUUCUUCGCAAUGGCUUGCUGCAUGGGCCCUGUCUUGAGCAUGUGCUGCAAGAAGUUCGGCUCUGUUCUUGCCGCGAUUGCCCACGCCAUCGCUGUCAUUGUGUUUUUGGUCAUGUUCGAGGUCAUGUUCGUCCUGCAGAGCUUCGAUUUCCCCAGUACCCUUCUGGGCAUGAUUACGAGCAUUGCCAUCCAGCGCUUCAUCUUCAAGUUGAUCAUCUCUUUGACACUCACGAGGGAGUUCAAGACCGAUCAGUCCAAUAUUGCGUUCUGGACUGGUAAAUGGUACUCAAUGGGAUGGCACUCGAUGUCGCAGCCGGCUCGUGAGUAUCUGUGCAAGAUCACCGAGCUGUGCAUGUUUGGCGGUGAUUUCGUUCUCGGCCACAUCAUCCUCUUCCUCAUGGCCCCCAUCAUCCUUGUCCCGCAAAUCGACAAGCUGCACUCCAUCAUGCUGUUCUGGCUUCGCCCAAGCCGACAAAUCCGCCCUCCCAUCUACUCGAUGAAGCAGACCAAACUCCGCAGGAGACGCGUCGUUCGCUAUGCUAUCCUUUACUUCGUCUUGCUAGUCGUGUUCCUAGCGCUCAUUGUCGGUCCGGUCGUGGCUGGCAAGCAUAUCACUCUCCCAGACAGCUUGUUGAAGCCGUUAAACGACGCCGCCUUGGUGCAGCCAACUGGCCUGGACCACGAUAACACGCGUGGCAAGACCCCCACUGGCACUGGCUCCCCAGGUUACUCGGGUAUCUGGACUUCAACUGCGGAGUCUUCCCGAGCGACGGCCACGAGUGGUUCUGACAAGAGGGCGAUGUACAUUUGA